AAGAGAGGAGCUGCCGUGACGUCACGCGCGUCAGAGCCCAGUCGUCCAAGAUGGCGGAGGUGAGCGGGCUGAGGGGCAGAAAUCACUUCAAGCCCGGGCACAAGAGCCGCGUCGCCGACGAAGGCUUGAGUGGCAUGGACGAGGCCCCUAUUUUUCAGCAUAAGAACAGGCCUCCUUUAGCCAAGACCGAAGAUCUGGAGGAUGAUUUCCUUCCCAGGACCAAGGCCUCAAACUCUGGCAAAAAUGCCAGCAUCACCCCCUCACCUGAUGAAGGGAUUCACGAAGAGGCAGUGAUAGAGGAAGAAAAAGCCAAGCCCAUCCAGAUUGUCCUGGCCAACGAGGAUGAGCACAGCUUCGAGCUGGACGCAGCAGCGCUGGAGAAAAUCCUGCUGCAAGAUCACGUGAAGGACCUGAAUGUGGUGGUGGUGUCUGUGGCAGGGGCCUUCCGCAAGGGCAAGUCCUUCCUGCUGGACUUUAUGCUGCGAUACAUGCACAGUCAGAGUGAGUCAUGGAUUGGAGGUGAUGAUGAGCCUCUGACAGGUUUCACCUGGAGAGGAGGCUGCGAGAGGGAGACCACAGGAAUUCAGAUCUGGAGCGAAGUGUUUGUGAUCGACAAGCCGGACGGCAGCAAGGUAGCUGUCCUCCUUGUUGACACUCAGGGAGCAUUUGACAGCCAGUCCACCAUAAAGGACUGUGCUACCGUGUUCGCCCUCAGCACAAUGACCAGCUCUGUACAGGUUUACAAUCUCACCCAGAACAUCCAGGAGGAUGAUUUGCAGCAUCUGCAGCUUUUCACAGAAUAUGGUCGACUGGCAAUGGAAGAGAUCUACCUGAAACCUUUCCAGUCCCUGAUGUUCCUGAUUCGUGACUGGAGUUAUCCUUAUGAACAUGACUACGGUCUGAAAGGUGGCAACGCCUUCUUGGACAAAAGACUACAGGUUAAAUGCAACCAACAUGAAGAGCUGCAGAACGUGAGGAAGCACAUCCACUCCUGCUUCUCAAGCAUCAACUGCUUCCUGCUGCCACAUCCUGGCCUCAAGGUGGCCACCAACCCCUACUUUGACGGCAGGCUUAAAGACAUCGAUGGUGAUUUUAAAAGGGAGCUUACCCAGCUGGUGCCUCUGCUCCUGGCCCCAGAGCGACUGGUAGUGAAGGAGAUCGGAGGCAACAAAGUCACCUGCAGAGAUCUCCUGGAGUAUUUCAAGGCUUACAUAAAGAUCUACCAAGGUGAAGAGCUGCCUCACCCAAAGUCCAUGCUGCAGGCGACGGCAGAAGCCAAUAACUUGACUGCUGUGGCAGGAGCCAAAGACUUGUACGGCAAGAACAUGGAGCAGAUCUGUGGUGGGGACAAGCCAUACAUCGCCCCAGCUGACCUGGAGCGCUGCCAUGAGGAGUUUCGCGAGCACUCUGUGCAUCACUUCCGCUCAGUGAAGAAAAUGGGUGGCGAGGAGUUCUGCCAGCGCUACCAGAACCAGCUGGAGUCCGAGCUGAACGAGGCCUACAGCAACUUCUCCAAACACAAUGACGGCAAAAACAUCUUCUACACAGCACGCACACCCGCCACGCUGUUUGCAGUCAUGUUUGUCACCUACGUGGUGUCUGGGGUGACCGGCUUCAUUGGUCUGACCACCUUAGCAGCGCUGGCUAACUUUGUAAUGGGCAUAGCGCUGCUGUCCCUCUGCGCCUGGGCAUACGUGAAGUAUUCUGGAGAGUUUCGGGAGGUGGGAACGAUGAUAGACCUGGUGGCCGAUACACUCUGGGAACAGGUUUUGAAGCCGUUAAGUGAACAUUAUAUGGAAGACAACGUCAGACAGACGGUGGUUAACUCUCUCAAAGCCAGCUUGACAGAACAGGGCUCGCAGCACACCAAGUUAAAGACUCAUUGACACUCCUCCUCCUCCUCCUCUUCCUCAUCAUGUUUAUCCUCCCCCCGCCCACUCACUCAACGUCUUCAGUCCUAGAACUGUGGAACUAGUUCAACACCAAAGCUUUUCCUCCCACAAACACCCAUCAUGACAUCGUUGACCUGUUUACCGUCUGUGCUGCUCUUCAUCGCCCCCCUGUGCCUCAGAGCAGAAACUGCAUGUUUAUUGAAGGACCGAGGAGAGGAGCCGGCAGUUUCAACCUCUCGCCAAAACCUGAAGGAAAAGCAUCUCCUCCUGUGUGCCACGCUGGGAUAGUUGUAAUGUACACUGUAGACACACACACACACACACACACACACAGUUUUGCUGGUAGCGACUUUGCGAUGGAGCUGUAAUUCAGGGAAAUCUGUCAGGGCUGUGCAGCUGUUAUCAACAAUAGAUGCAAACACUUACCUGUGCAUUUAACAGUUCAGUGUUACAGGACACACAGUUCAAGAACAUUUCCUACAAGCACAAGUGACUAAUCAGCUGAGAACAAUAACUGAGGUGAUUGUUUUUCUCUCUUUUUCGUUAUUUCAGUAAAACCAGAAAACUGAUUUUUAAGAUUUAAAGUUAACGCAGAUCACAUGUUCUCGUGUUGGAGGUUGUCUUAACAGUUACAUUUCCAGUCUGUCCUGUUCUGGUAAAUCGAUUUUUGUUUCAUAUUUGAAAUGAACAGGAGCUGAAACAUUUUAUUUCUGCUCUGACAUAUUAAUAACUCACCUGCUCACCUCCAUUCAUUCAGCUUUUUAACUCUAAAUCUAGAAGGUGUGUUCACCGGGUUAAUUCGUAAAAUCAAACUGGCCUCAUGUUUCUUCUUGACAGAACCUCUGUACACAUCUGUCUCAUCCUUAAAUACUCUGACGGUAAUACUGAAGACGACUGUAGCAGGCUUUAUUUUAGAACUGACGUGUUUUAUUUGGCCUCUAGUGUCUUGUAGCAGAUCCUCUGCAUGGUGCUGUGUUGUAGCAUUAGCGCUAAGCUAAGAGCUUUUAGAGCCCAGGUAUCCUCCACUGCCUUUCAUUCAAUCCACCACAGCUCCGACUGCGUCCUCUCAUCUGACGACACGCAGGCUGCAAGUUUGAUUUUUGCCUUUGGGAUUUUUUUUUAGCCCAAAUCACUGUUACAGGAAAGUUUGGUCAUUGUGAAAAAAUACAUUUAUUUGCUGAGAGAUGAUUCACACUGAAAUCUGUUGGAGAAAUAUGAAGCGGAAGCAGCUUAGCACAGACCCCCCCCAGUCUUUAUGCUAAGCUAAGCUAAUUGUCGGCUGGCUAUAGCUUUGUAUUUAACUGCUAAACUCGUUUUCUAAAACUUUGACCUUUUCCUUUAACUGUCAACAUAUUGUCUCUUAUUUCUUUUUUUCUUUUCUCUAAAAAAUCUGAAUCUAAAUCUUUUCUUUUCCUCAAAUCUAAAUCUUUAAUACUUUUCCAUUGGUGUCCUGACUUGAUGUAAUUUAAUGAAGCGUAGAAAUGUACUGCUCCCUUCUGUUUCUUUAAGUUAACACAGCUGCAUCACAUCUGUCUGAGCUCUUGACAUUGAUUCCAUCCACAGUGUUUCAGUCUCGUCCUGUUCGGUCUCUCUGUCUGUGUUGACGUGUCACAGAGCGGGCAUGUAUGUUGGAUUAAAUAUUUAAAUAAACUUUGAAUACGUUUUAUAGUGAA